UACAUAAUCACUGGGAGCGCAAAUCCCGUUACAACUAUGGUAAUAAUUAUUCAUACUUCAACGAAUGUUUUUGAUGAUCCGAAUUUGAGGUUAUAAUUUUACUUGGUUUCUGGUGACCACCAUGCCGUAGCAAGAUUGGGACUUCUGUCCUUCUGUCACAUUUGCAAUGGACGAUAGUAUCGUCAAGAAGACUCAGCAACUUCUCGGGCCAUUUGUCAAAGCCCCUGCUUUAUCCGAGAAACUUCUACAGAAACCUCCGCUACGCUUCCUCCACGAUGUGAUGCUUGCCAUUGCCAAAGAUCAUGGAUAUUUGACUGGGUUGUUUGACGAAGACGAAACGGCGUGGACGGAAGCGGUGGCUAACGAUAAGGACGCUAAAGCCUUCUUCAUCGCCAAAAUUAUCAAUUAUGUGUCAACGGCUACCGGAAGUGAAUUCGGUCUGAAACCGGCGCGUGUCUGUGCCGGUCAAGAUGCGGAAAAAACCAACGCUCUCCUACAAAGUCUGGGCAAACUGCUUGCCUCAAAAAAGGUGGACAAUGCUGCCGUGAUACGGGAGAUCCGCAAAGGCAAAGGAACGGUCGACCUCGGCACUUUCCCCAAGGGAGCCGCCUUCCUGAAGGUCGAUGAAGGAUCGAAGCCGGACAAAACCGACAAAGCUCCGGCGAAGUUGCCCAGUACACCCGUAAAACCGGCCGCGGCUAAGCAACCGGUGAAAGCUGUGGAUAAAGCUCCGCUGCGAGCAGAAACUACAGAUUCGGGAAAAAAGUCUGCAGAUGACACGGUAGAAGUACCUGUACGGGCGAGGGAACCCAUACCCGAAGAAAAGGGGCCGGAACCGCGGGUAGUGACUAUUCCGAAGGCAUUACCUGUAGAAGUACCGGUCCAACUUCCGGCUAAAGAUAGACCGGCCACGAAGGUCGAAAAUCAGGGCGUCACGACGAAAAAUGAAACAUCCGUACAACAGAACAACCAGCCGCGCCCAACCACCGCCGCCCGCCCAACCACCGCAGCGCGCCCAACCACGGCCAAACGGGCCCCGCAACGCCCGCCUACAGCAGCCAACCGCUCCCGUCGCACCUCGUUAGCGCCGAGCGAAGGCGAACUCCCUGAAGAUGUCCCGCCGGCCAACAUUAAAUUUCUGGAUGAGGAGACGGCAGACAACGAGCAGCUACUACAGGAACUGGCUGCCCCUGAGGUCAUCAUCUUCAGUCAGCUGGAUGCAGGCUAUCGCACAACCAACGGACACCAAUCAGCGGCUGGACAUCUGGUUGCUAAUCUGCGCGACGCACAAAAAGAUUUUAUUCAAACCACUGGAAUCGAGGAAGACGAGGGUGUCCUCAGCGCUGUUGCUCAACAGGAAGUGGGAAGAUUUAAGACAGACAUCGACGACGUGUGCAACACGUUGCAGAAGGUGUCGCGUCUAACCGAUAUUCUGGGUACUUAUCUGGAGAUCCUCCCGGAAGACUUUGAAGACAUGGAUAAGGAUAGGCAACGAUACUUGGAAGAACACCAAGCAUUGCUACAGAAAAUCGAAACAGCGUCCAAAGUUGAAGAACAGCAAUUAGAAAAACUGCGACGGGAACUGGCGUUUCAAGAAGAAGCUUUGUUUGCUGUCGGGGAAGAAAUAGCCUCUACACAGCAUCGAAUCAAAGAGAACAGUGGUCUACUAGAAAAACUUGUAAAACUGCGCAGUAUGUGAGUUAGAAACUAGUUAAAAGCAAUCGUAUUUCGUUAAAACGGAAAUAAGUUCGUGUAACUCGGUUUCGCCGCAUUUAAGCAGCACAUUUUGCAUACGUUUUGCCGGGUGGCAUUGUGUGCUGAAGCGUGCACUGGAUGGACUUCUUUCGGUUUAGUUGUAUGUGGUACUCAGAAAUUCGGCGCUCCGACUAAAAGCCAAAACUACAGUAGUUAAUCUAAUACUUUUCGGC